AUGGCGGCAAACUCAAUCCCUACCAUCGACUAUUCACUAUCCACCUCGCCGGCGACCAGGCCUCAAUUCCUCUCGCAACUGCGCGAUGCCCUAGUCGGAGUAGGCUUCUUCUACCUCGAGAAACAUCCAAUCCCGGAAUCUCUGCAGGAUGACCUCUCUGCACAGUCUCGCGGACUGUUCGACCUCUCGCCAGAGAAGAAAGAGGAGAUCGACAUGACUAGUAGUAAACAUUUCGUCGGCUACGUGGGCACGGAGAAUUCGGUCACUGUGACGAAAAAGGAUUAUCGCGAAACCUAUACGCUUGGAUACGAAACGCCUGCGCCAAAUCCUGAUGAGCCCAUAUACCGCAACUUGCGCGGUCCAAAUCUCUGGCCGGACAGCUCAGACCUGCCGGGAUUCAGGCUUGUCAUGGAGCGAUACAUGACCGAGCUGAGAAAGCUAGCAGACGAGUUCAAGAUUUUCGUCGCAGAGGCAUUGGGUUUGGAAUCGAACGCAUUGGCUCAUCUGUUCGAUGGUGCACCAUUUGACCGCUUGAUGCUGGCCAAGUAUCCGCAACCUACUUCACCCGAGCAAGCCACCGAAGAGCAGACGGUUCAGGGUAAAGGGGUACAUAAAGACGCCAGUCUCUUGACUUUCCUUCUCCCGGGGACAUCACACGGCGGACUCGAGGCGUUGAGCUCAACCGGCGAAUGGAUUCCAGCUCCUCCGGUUCCCGGGACAAUGAUUAUCAACGUGGGUCUCCAGCUGGAGGCGUUAACCGGCGGAGUCUGUUAUGCGGCACUUCACAAAGUAGUGAUGCGCCCAGAACUCUUCGUCGACAGCAAUGGGAACGACCUGGGACCCCGAUUCUCGUUUCCAUUUUUCCACACCAUCAGUCUCGAUGCGAUACAGACGGAUCCGUUGGAUCUACCCCCGCACAUCUUGGCCUUGGUCAGAGAUGACGACGCAAGACGACAAGCACGAGUCAGAUUGCGCCGACUGUUUCAGGCGGGAAGCGCGGGAUAUGGAGUCUUUGCCUCGCGCUUGAUAGUCUACCAGAAGGUUACGCAACGUUGGUGGCCCCAGUUUCUCGAUUUGCUGUCGUUUGAGAAGCACGUGGAGCUUGGAGCGGCCUUGCAAUCUUACUCGCAGAUCAAACCAGCAACCGUCUAG